AUGGCUACUGAGGACGAAAAUUCUAUACAGGAGAGAUAUGGUGAAUACCGUAACAGCAAAACUGCGCUGGUGUUAGGUGUAAGAAUGCCUCCUUUCUACGUUAAAGGAUUUAAAGAUUUCAUAGAGAAUUUUCAGACCAGACACGAUGAUGUCUUUAUCGUCGGUUUCCCAAGAUCAGGUGAGUUAAUAAUCCUCUCUAACAGUGAAACAAAGACAAAAAAUUUCCAAAAAUAUUUUGUUAUGAAGACCAGGCCCACAAGCACCCUACUCUUUUUGGUGAAAUGAUCACGCGUUUCCUGACACAGCUUUUAUCAGAUGACUUCAAAUUUCCAACUCGUGGACAAAGCAUUGAAUAGUUUUAAAGAAAAACAAGACACUCGAAAGUGGGUCGUAAGUUUAACAAGCAUGCUUCUUUUUGUUCAUUUAUAGUUGCUGCAGUUUUCUCAAUGAGUGCCAUCAUCAUGAAAAUGUUUCCACAAUUUACAUGCUACUGCACACUAUGUUAAACUCACUUUGAGUUGAACAUAGGAGUAUUCUUGUUUUUCUUUAGAUUCGUAGCACUGAUCAUGGAUAUUAUUAAAAUCAAUGGGUAUGAGAUGCUGUUAUCGAAUAAGCGAAUCCUGUGUUCUGAUUGGCUAUCCAAGCGAGCAAGACGGGCUUAUCUCGCCCGCUCGGGAUCGCCCAUCUUCAUCCUGCGCAAUAAAAGAUUGCGUGGAGCGAACCUACAAAGUUUGUAAAAAAAAAAAGCGCAGAACAAAGAAAGCAUUAAACGACUCCUAAAGGUUUAUUGAGCUACAAACACAGCUCGAUUUCUUUCCCGGCUCUCGAAAUAAACAAGUCAUUUCUGUUUCUUAGUUUAUCGAAAUGUAUUUGCUAUAUAAUAAAAUCUUUUAUUGACCAAGCUUGUGCGGUCCAGAUGGCUUGAUGUGAGCCUCGUUCUCUUUUUGCGUUUUAAUGGACCUCGACUCUGUCUCAGAGCGGCGCAAAAAAAUUUAACUCGGUCAAUAUCCAGCCAUCUUGCCCUCACGCUUGAUCAAUAACGCAUUUGUAAUGUUCUCUUCCAGGGACGACGUGGCUUCAAGAGGUCACUUGGCAGAUCUGCAAUGAUGGAGAAGUUAGCCAAGUGCCAAUUGGUCACCGAGUUCAAUUCUUUGACGAGGCGAAAUUUCCACAUACUACCCAACCAGACAUCACCACUCGACCCAGUCCACACCUCAUGAAGACUCACCAGCCAUUUCCAACAAUUCCCAAAGGAACAUGCAAGGAAUCAAGAUGUAAAUACAUCUAUGUUGCGAGGAAUCCUCUCGAUGCCGUUGUUUCCUUUUAUAAUUUUGAGAGCAAAAUGGCGCCUAUGACGGACUAUUCAGGGCCAUUUGAGUUCUUUGCAGACACGUUCAUCAAGGGUCAAGGUUAGUCAUCUGGAGAUUCAAUUCUAUUGGUUACUUUUGCGGAUGAUAAAUUUGGUAGUUUCUCUGUGUAUCGUAUUCGGAGUGUACGAGGCAGAGCCGAAUAACGAAAUGCGAUCACAAGUAUGCGGUCAACAACGUGGGCUCCAGCGCGCGAGAUUUAAAAUUGAGCGAAAUUCACGGAAAUAAAGGGGCUUGCAUUUAAAACCGCGGCAUUUUGUUGUCGUUGAAGGCACUUUCCUAUUUCCAGUGUUUUUAAGGAGAAAAUUAACUUUUGAAAAUAUUUAGGGGCUCUACAUACUUUUAGGAGGUUGCUCUGUAAAAGAGAGUCCUGUUGCUGAUCCAAUGUAAGAAUUUUCCUUUUGUGUUGGGUCAUGAUACGAGUACUUACCAUAUCUUCCGUUGCUUGAUCAUAGUUUAUUGGGGAUCUUGGGCCGAGCAUGUCCUGGGAUGGUGGAGACACAGAGAUGACGAAAACGUUUUGUUUCUCAAAUACGAAGACAUGAAGAAGGUUUGUGGUCAAGCGAGUUACGAUUAAGAUAAACACUUCGUCAAUUUUUCACCCACCGUUUCAAAAAUCUAUGUGAACCGCUCGACCUCCAUUGUUUUCAUCGUUAAAACCAUGACCCAAUGGAAUCAUUAUUGACGGAUCACUUCGCUUUAGCAGAUGGGAAGCAACGCUGUUUGUAGCCGUAAAAGGAUGUUCGACUUGCUUGGUUUUCCACCUCACGACUAAAAAACAUGAAGAAAUUUUGGUAUUGUGCUCCUAUUGUUUUCGUAUCAGCUUAUUCUCACUCAUUUGUGUUCCUUUAAGAUUCCUAAGUAUUUUAGGAAGCCUCUUAAAACCUUGCACCUAGCAUGCAAUUUUACAGCAGUGACAGGCCUGGGUCUACCGUGCAAAAAUUCUUUCUUAGACAGACUUUGAACCGGAAAUGAUAAAUUUAAUACCAGUUGCAAAUAUUUCAUUUAUUAUGCCAACUUUGCAUGCUAUUGCGUAUUGGUUGAAUGCUCUCGACCAAUUAGAUUUUUCAUAGCAAGUCUAAGGUAUAAUGAUGUAAAUUGACUUCCGUUCCUGAACUUAAUUGCAAAAAAUUAGUCACGAGUUAUGAUUGCACCCUUACUUGUUCUCUCAGGACUUACCAUCUCAAAUACGCCUAUUAACUAAGUUUCUGGGCAAGUCCUUAACAGAGGGCAUGAUCGACCGCAUAGCUCAACAGUGCACCUUUGACGCCAUGAAAAAUAAUUCAUCGGCUUACUGGAUGAUGACUCGUGAUGGCGAACUACCCAACUUCCUCAGGAAAGGUCAGAUUGGAGGCUGGAAAGAUUACUUCACUCCUCAGUUGAUCCAGAGGUUUGAAAAAGAAGUGCUGAGCAGACUGGAUGGUUCUGGGCUCCAAUUCGAUCUUGGUCAAUGA